AUGGCUGUUUUGCCUGCCAUACUAUGCUGCUUAACACUGACAUCAGCACAUCCACAUCCAGGCAAGGUCGACCAUGUUGCCACCAAAGCUGAAAUCCCCAGCUGGACUGGAAACUCCCUGUCGUGGGUGAAUAAACAGACUUGUCGAUGGCUGAGCAAUUGUGGAACAUCGGGCUCGAGUGGCGAAGAUGCGCCUUACCAGAACGUACAAUCGAACCAGCGAACGCUUCUAUCACAGGCACAACUCCAGAACUUACCGGAUACUUCGUCUUUCUGGACUAGCGGUCUCGAAACACUAGAACAAUGGUCAAGAGAAGAACACCUUUCCCGAAAGAUUCCUCAAUAUGUCUACGACUAUACACCAUAUGUUCAUUUGUUCUCGGGAGAGCAAUUCUGGCCGUGCGAUAUCGCCGAACAUCUUGUUCACACGUCACCUUACGCAAACUACACUCUUAUACGGAGCAUGGAAAACGACAGAACACUUGACAAUCUCGAUGAGCUUAACGCGUAUGCUCCCUAUGCGUAUUUGAAGAGCGAGGAUAACGUGGAAGAACGACCGGAUUGGUUAGGCGGAAGUUCAAACAUACCUAGAGCACCUGAAGACUUCUACGAUGUACAUUCUGAUCAAGUAUUGAAGAACCCGCCGCUCAAGCCAGGACCUGUGCGAGGUCAGAAACAAUGGAACUAUUUCAGCAGACAUGGUUCUGAGAACCGCGGCAAGCCGUCAGACCGUCUGCAAGAACGUGGAGGGCAUAGCUCUGCACCAGCAGUGCUCAUUGUUGUGCCUAAGGAAGACGGGGUAGUCGACGCUUUCUGGUUUUACUUUUACAGCUACAACCUUGGAAACAAAGUACUGAACAUCCGAUUCGGUAACCAUGUAGGAGACUGGGAGCAUUCAAUGGUCAGAUUCCGUAACGGUACUCCCGAAGCAGUGUACAUCUCGGAACACGGAGCGGGAGAAGCAUACGCAUACCACGCAAUCGAAAAGUACGGCAAGCGACCAGUCAUCUACAGCGCAACAGGCACACACGCCAUCUAUGCAACACCGGGGUUGCACCCGUACGUAUUGCCGUGGGGGCUCUUGCACGACCAGACUGAUAAAGGGCCGCUAUGGGACCCGAACUUGAAUCACCAUGCGUAUGUGUAUAACCACACGACUCGACACUUGAAGUCAUCGGCGCAAACACCAUAUGCACCGGUGAGUUGGUUCAACUUCAAGGGCCACUGGGGAGACAAAAUCUACCCCACGAGCGACAAGAGGCAGUACAGAUUCUGGGGACAGUAUCACUAUGUCAGUGGACCGUUCGGACCUAGGUUUAAGAAUCUAGGACGUAAGAAGGUGUGCCAGCGUAUGCAAGCACAGUGCAUAAUAAGACACUGGCUUGGAGAUGAGGAAGGUAGCGACGAUGGGGAGAAGAGGUUGCCAGGAGAAGAAGUAGGGGAUGAGGUAGAGGGUCCAGAGACGACAGAGUAG